AUGGACAUGAUGAAUAACAAUACGACAUUAUACACUGAUUUAUGUUUAAAAAACAUUGAAAACACAGUACUCGAAAAAUGUGAUACUCCAAAAAAAUUAGACACAUCAGUUGAGAAAUUAAGAGGCGAUACUGUUGAAGAUGACUAUACAGUUCUCAAAACUAUUGACUUAUUAGAUUGUCCUGUACAAAUCGAUACGAUGAAUGACAAUAAAUCGUCCACUGGUUUAUGUUUCGAAAACUUUAUUGAAAUGGGAGCAAUAAAAAUAUCUGAUAUUCCAGGAAAAUUAGACAUUUCAGUUGAGGAAUCAAGAGGUUAUACUGUUGGAGAUGAUUCUUCCGAAUAUAUUCCUUCAAAUACAAGUGAUGUUUCAUCUGUUUACUCGGAUGUUGAUGAUAAUAACACAAAGAAUAAAAACAAGAAAAAUGUCUCUGUUAAUAAAUCUAAUACAUCUAGUGGUCUAGAUGUAUCUAUAAUACAUUCGCCAGAAACGAAAACGUGUAACGAUACUGAAAUGUAUGUCACAGAAUCAUCAGGGAAACAAACACAUUCAAAAAGAAAUUGUUGUUAUUACUGUAAAAAGUUACAGAGCAAGAUAGCACGUCACUUAGAAACUGUACAUUCUAAUGAAGAGGAAGUUAAAAAGUUCACGGUAUUACCAAAGGGAAACUAUGAAAGAAAGAAAAUAAUAGAAACUCUUCGACGAUAUGGUAAUUUUCAGUUUAACACUAAGAAAGAGAUCAAUAAUGGAGAACUUAUUACAUGUAGGCGACCAAACAAAAAAUGGCAGAAAAAUGCAAGUGAUUUCUUACCUUGUGGUAAAUGCAAAGGAUAUUUUUCAAAAUUAUCUCUUCGACAUCAUUUUCGUCGUUGCACUGGACGUAAUAGCAAACAUAAUAAAUCAAUAAUGGUAUUGGGUCGUACUAAUGUUGCAAGAACUCAUGAAGCAGCUAAUAAGAUUCUUAGAACAAUUGUCUUCCCCGUAUUACGAGACGAUGAAGUCACUCGUGCAAUUAGAUACGAUCAAUUAAUAAUUCUAUAUGGGAAUAAACUUUGCUUGAAAUAUAGACUACAACAUCAGCACGAUAUGAUUCGAUCCCGAUUACGAUUGAUAGGACGUUAUCUGUUAGCUCUCAGAACAAAAGAUGAAAAUAUUACUGAUUUUGCUUCGUUAUAUGAUCCGAAAUUUUAUGAUGUCGCAAUUGCUGCUGUUAAUUCUGUGGCAGGUUUUGAUGAAGAUAAAAACAUAUAUAAAGUACCAUCUGUAGCAUUUAACCUUGGGACGUAUAUAAAACAUAUUGGAGAGAUUUUAAUUAAUGAGUGUAUAAAAAGUCACGGUCCUAUGAAAAUGAAACAGGUUGAAAAUUUCUUAAAACUACUAAGACAAGACUAUGGAAUAAGCGUCAAUAGAACAGUGUUGGAAACACAAAUGCAACGAAAACGACAAAAGAAGAUUAUACUUCCAUCAACAGAUGAUAUUAAGAAAUUGAAUAGUUAUUUAACCGAAAGACGAGAGGAAGCUUAUAACAAUUUGUUGAAAGAAUAUUCAUAUAAACCUUGGCUAACUCUGCUGGAAACAACUCUCAUAUCUGUGCAAUUGUUUAAUCGUCGACGAGCUGGAGAAACUGAAAGAAUGCUAAUACCGGAAUUUCAAAGUCAUCACAGUGUUAAUGAAAAGACGAAUAAGGAUAUUUACAAAUCAUUAUCAGCAGAAGCACAAAAAUUAGCAAACAAAUAUGUCCGUUUUGAGAUACGUGGUAAACUUGGUCGUACUGUUCCAGUCUUACUUCAUUCCGAUUUACUGAAAUGCAUUAACCUUAUAUUGGAUUACCGUUCACAAGCCAAAGUGUCUCACGAUAAUCCCUACCUUUUUGGAAUACCGGGUUAUGAUAAAAAGAGAUACAAAUAUUUAAGGGCUUGCGAUUUAAUGCGAACAUUUUCAGUAGCAUGUGGAGCAAGCAUGCCACAUACAUUACGUGGAACACAAUUAAGAAAGCAUAUAGCUACUAAAUGUAUUUCUUUAAAUUUAUUAGAUCAUCAAGUGAGUGAUUUAGCUAAUCAUUUAGGACACAAAGAUAAAAUACACAAAGAAUAUUACAGGCAACCUAUUGCUAGUCGAGAAAUACUACAGGUAUCAAAACUUUUAGAAUAUGCGCAAGGUCAAGAAGAAAAUGAAGACGAAAGUACUGAUAACGAUGGUAUGCAUAUAUAA